GGAUCGAUUGGAUCGGAGCGCUCGCGCGGAGGAAAAACAACACGCUGAUUUUAGCAAGUGGGACUGUACCGAAAUUUCCGUUCUGCUAGUGCUACUGCUAGCUGCUGCUGUAAAGUGGUCUGAUAAUUCACAAUAACCAUGCUAAAGCUUCCUGGAGGACAGAAUGCUUCCAGCGUCAUGAAGAGCAGCAAGAUCAGUGGUUCAACUAGCCAGAAUCGAAUUGGCAAAGACCGUAAUGUGACCCUAGGCAUUGGGUCAAGGACAACCCUGAACUCCAGCAGAAAGAGCCAAGUUGGGAUUGAUAGCAAAACAGAACACCACAAGCUUCCAGGGGCCAAAUUCCAUAAUAUCCAGGUAUUAGACGAUGAGGGCCAAGAUGUCACUCCACAGCCCCUUAUUGCUGCAGAUCCCUCCUCAGUCAAACAACAACAAAGCAAGCUUUUCAAUGCUGGUGAAUCAAGCCAUGGAACACCGACUGAUCUUAUGUCACAAGCAUCUAUUUAUCAGACUGGAACAACAAGCUUUGCUGGACCAUUUACAAGAUCUGUGUUUGGAGCCAGUAUGUCACAUGCUUCCAGUCAAUCUAACACAGAAUCCUUCACAGAUGAGAUAGCUGAACCAACAUCUAUGAAAGAUAUGCUGAGUGGCUUAGAAGAUAUCCAGACACGAAGGGAGGAGACAAAGGAAGAUCUAACAGAGGAAGACCUUGAGAAAUAUAUCCCAAUCAACCUGACAGAGACUGCCACAAUAUGGUUAUUAGAUAUCAAUGGAGUCAGUAUGUCAAUAGAUGCCGAGGACGCAUCAGCAAUUAAAAGCAAGAAUGAGAAAUAUAAAGAGCUGUGCAAAAGUCGUGAUGGUAAUGACAGAUAUGCUGAAAGGGGGAUGCAGACUUUCAACGACCUCCCGAAGAACAAGGACAUCCAGACAUCUCGAGUAAACUUCAUUGACCAAGAAACCAUAGUGAAUAAUUGGGAUAUGUAUGAUACAUACCAAGAUCAGGAAAGAAAAGCCAACUCUCAAGAAUAUGAAUUCAAUGAAUCUGAUCAAGAGAAGAAGAGGAUAGUUGAAAGACCAAAGAGUACAAAGUCUGGUGUCAGCUCCAUCAUAGAAGAAGACUCUGGAAAGAACACUAGCUCUAAAACAGGAGAAGGAAAAGCGAGUAUGGUGAAUGCUUCCAUGGUAGAGUCUGAGAUAGGUGAGGGUGAAGGUGAAGGAGAAGAAACAAAAGAAAGCUCAGGAAAGUCACAUGAAGAAAUUCUUGCAUCAGAGGAGCUAAAAGAAGAUUUGUUUGUAAUGGAGAGAGUUGUAACAAUGAACAUACUGCAACACAAACAGGCUGCCUAUAGGAACCUACCUAUCUAUCCAGAUGUUGACAGAGUGGAACCUGAAGAGACGGAAAGCCAAGCCUCGUUACCUACCGCAGGAACAGCUCCUUCGGCUCCUCCCGCAUCGACAGCCAACCAGGUCGCACUCACCCAGCUUGGUCCUAACUUAGACCGGCUUUGGGCUUAUUCCUGUAGUCUUACGAAAGGAAGGAAUGUCAGCUGCAUGGCAUGGAAUAAAGGAAAUCCAGAUUUGAUAGCGGUCGGCUAUGGUCAAUUUGGUUUUACAGAACAGAAAGGAGGUUUGGCCUGCUGUUGGUCACUCAAAAACCCUGAGUAUCCAGAGAGAGUAUUUAACUGUGAAGCUGGAGUGACUGCUAUGGAUUUCUCAGGCUCAAAUCCAAAUCUCUUAGCAGUUGGUCUCUAUAACGGCACAGUAGCAAUAUACAAUGUAAGAGCUUCUAGUGACGAACCAAUUCUUGAUAGCUAUGAAAGUCGUUCCAAGCAUGCAGCUCCUGUCUGGCAGCUACAAUGGGUUGAUAAGGAAAGAGGAUCCUCUAAUGAUGAGAGAAUAGAAGUCUUAGUAUCUAUCUCUACUGAUGGUAGAGUAACACAAUGGCAAAUCAGAAAGGGAUUUGAGAGCGCUGAACUCAUGAAAUUAAAGAAGACUGCAAAAGCUGCUAAGAAACAAGCAUCGCAAGCCAAACAAGAUCAGAAAGAGAAGGGAGAAGCCUUCAUUACAAGACAAGCUGCUGGAUUCUCAUUUGAUUUCUAUCCGAAGGAUAGCAACAUAUAUCUUGCAGGUACAGAGGAUGGUCUAAUUCACAAAUGUUCAUGUUCUUACAAUGAACAAUACUUGGAUACAUACAAUGGUCAUACAGGUCCAAUCUACAAGAUUCGCUGGUCACCAUUUAUCAAUGAUAUCUUCUUGAGCUGUAGUGCCGACUGGAGUCUUCGUCUCUGGAUGCAGGAUCGUCUUCAGCCCGUUCUUAACUUCUUUUCAUCCACGAAAGCUGUUAUGGACGUUUGUUGGUCACCUACAUCACCUACUGUCUUUGGAUGCGUCAACGAGGGUGCUGUUGAGAUAUGGGAUUUGAGUGUAAAUACAUUGGAUCCUAUAAUUGUAAAUGUCCCUGCUCCCGGUGUGAAGCUCUCCUGCCUGACAUUUGCCUUUAAUUCUGAUUGUAUUCUUGUUGGUGAUAGCGAGGGUCAGGUCUCUGUUUAUCAGCUCAGAUGUAUGCCUCCAGUUGAAGACGACCAGUCUGAAAAGCUGAAGCAGCUUCUGCAGCAGACCAUUGCAGGUCAGUUAAGAACCUGAUUGCACCCAUGUCAACAUCUCUCGUCAUCAAUCCGUCCAGUCCUUCAUGGAGCCGUCAGCCAGUCACCAGAAACAUCAUAAUCAUUAUUAGGUUUCCUCAACAGGGUUUACACUAUUGAUUUGAUUACCAUGUACAUUUCAUAUCAUUGGCUUUGCCAGGACCUGUUGCGUUAAAGUUGCUAUUCUGGUAACUUUGCCAUCCAAUGGUAUCUACCAUGAAAUCCUUGAUUCUGAUUGGCUGUUGAGUAUUUUAAACAUGGUAGUUACCACUGGAUGGCAAAGUUUAAAUCAACUUACUUCAGAAAUUUACUCAUGCAUAAGGAUAAAACUUAUCUAGUAGGAUUUCCUCAAAGCCAUAUCCAAAGUGUAGAAAACUGAAUUUUCUUAGAAAUUUGUUAAAGUUCUUCCUUCACAUUGAUGAAAGUUUCACUCAUGGCUUGUAAGCAUACAGAAUUUUGAGUGGGUUUUUUCGUAUUCCCCAAUAUUUUUUUUGUGCAGAAUUGUUAGACUUGGAAUGAAUAACAAGCUGAGCAGGAUUUUUGCUGAAAGCCAUUGGCUAAACAUGACUAGGGUUUUGUUGAGAUAUCCAAGUAAACCUGAGCUUUUAGAAAUCCAAUUUUUGUAUGUUUUUUGUAGUUCCCAUAGUUUUCUAGUAAUGAAGAAACAGUACACUGAUCAAUCUGAGGUAUCCAUUGAGCAGUUAAUUGUCGCGAUGUAUGGCAACUUGAAUCUAUAGUCCUUUCUAUGGUGUAGGAUGGGCUGAAGUUACCCCCUAUACAAUGCAUAGUGGGUAUGUGCCGCAGAGGGGACCCCCAUUUUUACACUCAAAUUUCCGUUCCAAGGCAUAGCAUUUU